AUGUCACUAGUGCCUUUAAAGUCUCAAACACCGACUCCCGAAGAUUUAUUUUAUGAAAAUCUCACAUUGGGAUUGGCAAAAGUUCUUGCCAACAUUCCGCGGAUCACGAAUAUUACGUGUGAAAAGCGCCAGCCAUGUGAAAAAGCGCAAAUAACUGCUUGGGAGCAACGGCAUAAUGUUUACUUGCCAGAUGAUAUGAAGAGAUUUUAUCUUUCCACAGAUGGUUUUAAUUUUUGUUGGAGUUAUCAGUAUGCACCUAACGACAUUCGCAAAGUUGGUCACAUAAAUUUCCCGCAUUUGAUCCAAAUCACCUUGGUACGCGAAAACUUGGAAACAAUUAUGAAUUCUCCAAGCAAGAACAUGUCGCUGCAAAUUCCCGCGUCACUUCGACGACAAGGCUCCGACCACCUGACGAACGUCAAUGACCCCAAUUUGAAUACGAAAAGCAAGAUAUUCGAGUUGAGUACUAUCUUGGAUCUGGCAAAAGUUUGUAUGGUUUACACGCAACCCGAAGUAUCGCAUGCAAAGAUUUACAUUUUGGAGAUGGGAUCGUACAAAUGGCGCUUUCUCGCCGACUCUUUCACGGAAUAUCUCCGCAUGUGCAUCGUGCAUUUGGGUCUGCCGUACUGGGAACUUUGCUUUUCGAGUGUUUGUCUUCCAUCGUGGACCGAACAACUUUUUCUACUUUUGGCUCCGCAUUUACUCGAGAAAACCGAUAAUCGUCGGAGUCGGAGUUUGCACGCGACUGCUGAAAAUCCGCCGUACAACACAUUGGAUCCGUCUGUCUUUCGCAACAAGCCACGUUGCUCUCGCCAGCCACCUAAACGAUAG